AUGCCAGCACACGGGCUGUUUGAAGCAUCACGAAAAUAUAUUUACUCGGAGAUUACGUUCGUAAAACCCACAAAGAAGGCACGGAAGCACGCUGAAAGCGGCUGGAAUAUUAAUUAUCAACACCACCCUGAUCCGUCACCCCCGGGGAGUUUAGGGGUCGACGGGGUGGACUGGGGAGGCCCGUCUCACGAGUCAGCGCCUGGCACCGAAGCACUAGUG